AUGUCGAGAUCCGGGCGCGCUACAGGCGCGUCAAAGCAAGAUAGCGGCGUAUGCCCCGUCUGCAAAGCGUCGGGGUACCUCGACCCCAACAUGCAGUUCAAAAUCAAUCCCACAUGCUAUCAUUCCAUGUGCGAUACCUGUGUCGAGCGGCUGUUUGGAGGCAACAAAGGCAACAACAUCUGCCCGGUGGCGGGAUGCGCCAAAACACUGGCCUACAGGAACUUUCGAAGGGCAACGUUUGAAGAUCUGAAGGUAGAGCGGGAGGUUGACUUGCGCAAGAAGGUCAUGAAGAUUAUGAACAAGACGGAGGACGAUUUCGAGACGCUGCGAGACUACAAUGAUUACCUUGAACAGGUGGAGGAAAUGACUUGGAAUCUCAUCCUUAACAUGGACGUGGAAGCAACGUGGAACAAGCUGCAUCGAUUCGAAGCCCUCCAAAAAGCCGAUGCGAACAUGGCCGCUACCAAGCGCGAUGCUGCGAAGACGGCGGGCCCCAACAAAGGCGCUGGCCAGGACGACGGCGGGCCCGAAGUCAUGUUUCGUGGACUCAAGAAGUAUGUGCCACCACCCAAGGAGCCACCCUUCGACCCAUGGGGAGGAUACGACAUUGCACCUCAGUAUUACGUGCUGCAAGACAAUUACGACGUUGACUGGUAUGCGCGCAUGAAGAAGGAUGCCGCACAUUUGGUUGGGGGGCACAGCUUGCACGACUACUGCAAUCGGGCGUUGCGCGAAGCCUUUGGGGGCUUUGGAGUCUUUAUCGAAGAUGAGAUAGCCGCAAGAGACGCGCCGUCCACGGCCAUGUCCAUGGACGCCGAGGUUGGCACCGACCAUGCGGCGACGGCUGCCAUGAGCGGGCAGGAUGCAAACAUGGACGACCUCUUCUAG